AAAAAAAUAAAUAGAAAAGACCGUAUCUUAUCGUUUAAGAAUAACAAACACGGUUUAUCUCUAACAUCAAAGCACCUUCGUGGUACUCUUCUUGUGCCCACCUAUAAAUUCCUUUUCAUUUUCUGAAAACUCAAAAUCAAAUCAUUAUAUUCCAAUCUUCAAACACUCUGAUCAUUAUGGCUUACCCUUAUCAACCACAACCUUCUGCCUCUGCUCCGAUGCCGCCACUCCCCGCCGCCAUAUUCGGCCCUCAGUACUGUGCUCCGUAUCCCCUAGAUCUCGCCGUCGUGAAAAAGGUUAUGACAAUUUCAGACGGAAACUUCGCCGUCACUGAUGUCAACGGCAACAUCGUCUUCAAAGUUAAAGGCUCCCUCUUAACCCUCCGUGACCGCCGUGUCUUGCUUGAUGCCGCCGGUAACCCCAUCACCACCCUACGUCGCAAGAUAGUGACUAUGCAUGAUCGGUGGGAAGCUUAUAGGGGUGAAAGCACAGAUGCAAAGGAUCUCAUAUUUACAUUGAAGAGAUCAUCUCUAAUUCAGCUUAAGACCAAAUUAGAUGUGUUUUUAGCCGGUAACACAAAAGAAAAUGUUUGUGAUUUUAAAGUCAAAGGUAGUUGGCUAGAACGUUCUUGCAUUGUUUAUGCUGGUGAAUCUAACAACAUUGUUGCCCAGAUGCACAAAAAACACACUGUUCAGAGUGUUUUAAUUGGUAAAGACCAAUUCAUGGUUACAGUUUAUCCCAAUGUUGAUUACGCUUUCAUAGUAGCGUUAAUUGUGAUUCUUGACGAGAUUAACGACGAUGAAAAGGAGGAAUGAUUAGAAGAUUAGUGUUUUAUAUUUAUUUGUUAUAUACUAUUGUGCUUUUAAAUUGCUCUGUAAGGGAAAAGUGUUACUGAAUUAAGGACAUAAUUUCUGUUGAGAAAUAUGUGGUUGGGAAAAGUGUUGAGAAAAUUGCUGUUAGUGUUAAGUAGAUCAUUUCAUAAUGUUGGAACAAUGAGUAAUGUGUGAAGAAUGUAUGCGGUUGAGAAUUAAAAAAAGUUUUUAAAUUUAAUAUAGAAGAGUUUACACAAUUUGCUAA